GAGGCUGCAGAGGCAGCAACCUGCAGUGUGAUUCCGAUUCCGCUGGAGAGAAGGAGGCGGGGUGAUCUCUCCUGCCCGAGAGACCCACGUAAACCGAGCUCUCUUUCGGACCAGCAGCCCCACUGUUAGAGCGACGGCACGGACGGAGCAGCGCAGACGCAGAGUCAGAGUGCACGGAUUCGGCUCACUCUCUCCGCGUCUGGUUUGAGGAUACUACUGCGUCUUUUUGUUUGUUUUUCCUGGAAAAGCUUUUAGUCAGACGCUCCUACUGUUGGCUUCGAGCAUCUUCCUCAUGUAUUUUUCAACCAUUUGCACGAGACUUGGGUCAUGAUCACAUCGCCCACGGUCUCUUUUCUGAGAAAUAGCACAAAUCCAGCGUGGGAGAGCGGCUCCACGGGGGAGAAGGGAGAAGGAAAGAUCCGCCAAGUAUUUUGUUUCAACUCGGUCUCUCCUGCAGACCCUUCUCGCCAAGCCAGUCGUCUCCCCAUAAAGGUUUUGAAAAUGCUGACAGCGCGGUCAGGACACAUUUUACACCCGGAGUACCUUCAGCCUUUACCGUCCACUCCCAUCAGUCCCAUCGAGCUGGAUGCCAAGAAAAGCCCGCUGGCCCUGUUGGCCCAAACAUGCUCGCAGAUCGGCAAACCGGACCCGCCGUCGUCCUCCAAGCUGUCCUCUGUCACCUCGAAUGGAUCUAGUGAGAAGGAGAGCAAAUCUGGGCCGCUGAAAAUGAGUGACAUCGGAGCCGACGACAAAUCUAGCUUCAAACCUUAUUCCAAAUCAUCAGAGAAGAAAGACUCGAGCAGCGGUGGCAGCCUCAGUGGGGAUAAAACUAGUUUCCGAGUGCCUAGCGCCACCUGCCAGCCGUUCACCCCCAGGACAGGCAGCCCCAGCUCCUGCACCUCCGUUUCUCCCCUGCCGUCUGAUGGCAAAGCGGGGGAUAAGGACGAAAAGAAGGAGUCUGACAGCAAUAAAAGCAGCACAACAGAAAAUAGUGGUAGCCAAAGGAUAAACGGAAUUACCUCUGAAGGCAGCCAACACCAAGAAAACACAUCUGGAUCCAAAAGCGGUACAUCAGACUCUACAUCCGUGACCUCCUCCUCCUCUGUUCUCGGCUCUGGACUGGUGGCCCCCGUUUCCCCCUACAAGCCCGGUCAUACCGUUUUCCCCUUGCAGUCUGCUGGUAUUUCAUAUCCAGGAAGUCUAGCAGGUGCUUACGCGGGUUACCCGCAGCACUUUCUCCCUCCCGGAAUGACCCUUGACCCCACCAAAUCCAGCAGCCAGCUUUUGAGCGCACAGUUUGCUGCUGCCAGUUCACUCGGAUGCAGUAAAGCAGGAAGCAGCCCUCUUGCUGGAGCCUCCCCGCCGUCUCUGAUGUCAGCGAGUCUCUGUCGAGACCCCUACUGCCUCAGCUACCAUUGCACAAGCCAUUUGUCCGGCGCGUCCAGCGGCAACUGCGCGCAUGACUCGGCGGCUGCAGCUGCGGCAGCCAGCGCGCUCAAGUCCGGAUAUCCGCUCAUGUACCCCACGCACCCGCUGCACAGCAUGCACUCUUCCACUCCGUCUUUUACCGGACAUCCUUUAUAUCCCUAUGGCUUUAUGUUGCCCAACGACCCCCACCCGCACGUGUGCAACUGGGUGUCUGCAAACGGACCUUGCGACAAGCGCUUUUCCUCCUCGGAGGAGCUCCUCAGCCACCUGCGGACUCACACGGCCUUCGCCGGCACAGACAAGCUGAUAUCGGGUUAUCCGGGCUCAGCAUCUCUCGCUAACGCAGCUGCUGCCAUGGCUUGUCACAUGCACAUCCCGCCUAACGGCAGCCCCGGGAGCGCGCUGGCCCUCCGGGGCCCCCAUCACCCCCUCGGACUCAGCGGCCGCUAUCACCCCUACUCAAAGAGCCCUCUACCCACUCCGGGGGCUCCAGUGCCGGUGCCAGCCGCCACCGGGCCAUAUUAUUCCCCAUACGCUUUUUAUGGACAGAGACUCACAACUGCUUCGGCCUUAGGAUACCAAUAGAGACAGAAUAACAGGUUUAUACGGAGAUUGAGGCCCAGUGAGUUUUCUAUUGUAAUUCAUGCAGGGACUGGAUCCACAUGAGGAUCUCUGUAUUUAUUUGCGAUAGCUUCAAGCGUGACUAAAAUAAUAAAACAAGAAAAGUCUAAUACAUACA